AUGCAGCGCUCCAUUGCCAUUCUUUCCUGGGCGGCUGCUGCCUAUGCCACAUCCCUGAGCAGCACCUGUACUGUUUCCCAUAUAAAAUCGUCAUUGCCGGAGGAUGGAUAUAUCCUCGGUGUCACUUUUGACCACUCCUCUGUCACCGCGAAUGCCGUCUACAACACCUCCUACUCCAACUAUUUCUUCCCGGACGCCACCAUCGACUACUGCAACGUGACAUUCUCCUAUAGCCAUGCAGGCUCGGACGAUACUGUGAUCCUGGGUUACUACAUGCCCGCCCCUGAAAGCUACAAGAACCGCUUUCUAGCCACUGGAGGCGGGGCGUAUGCUAUCCAAUCGGGCAGCCAGUCCGCGCCCGGUGGUGUCAUGUACGGGGCAGCUUCUGGUUUCACCGAUGGUGGUUUCGGGUCUAUGGACACUGACUUCGAUGACAUCUUCCUGCUCGGCAACGGCACUAUCAACUGGCCGUUGGUCUAUAUGUUUGGCUACCAGGCCAUUGAGGAGAUGACUAUUAUUGGAAAGCAGUUCACUAAGAACUUCUAUGGCACCACGAACAGCAGCCGGCUGUACACCUACUAUCAGGGAUGCUCGGAAGGUGGCCGCGAGGGCUGGUCUCAGGCCCAGCGCGCAGGCAGUGAAUAUGAUGGCCUGAUCAUCGGUGCCCCAGCAAUCCGUUACGGGCAGCAACAGGCAAACCACCUGUAUUCGAAUGUCGUGGAGAAAACCUUGGACUACUACCCACCAACCUGUGAGCUUGAGAAGAUUGUGAAUGAGACGAUCGCUGCCUGUGAUCCCCUGGAUGGACGCACUGAUGGUGUUGUAUCCCGUUCCGAUUUGUGUCAGCUGCACUUCAAUAUGUCCUCGAUCAUCGGCAAGCCUUACUACUGUGCCGCCUCCACCAGUUCUAGUCUCGGCCUGGGUUUCGGAAAACGUGAUAGCACGGAGCCUGCUCAAAACGGCACGGUCACCGCCGAGGCUGUCGCUGUUGCCCAGACAAUUGUCGACGGGCUCCACGAUUCGGAGGGUCGCCAGGUGUACAUUUCCUACCAGAUGGGUGCUUCCUUUGAAGAUGCCCAAACGACCUACAACUCAGAUACUGGCGAAUGGGAAUUGAGCAUUGCUGGCGCUGGUGGCGAAUGGGUCGCCCGCUUCCUCGAAUUGCAAGAUGCAGACAAUCUCUCUAGCCUGGAAGGCGUGACCUACGAUACCCUCAAGGGCUGGAUGAUCCAAGGCAUGGAGAGGUACAUGGAUUCCCUGCAGACGAACCUGCCCGAUUUGACCACAUUCUAUGAGAACGGGGGCAAGAUUAUCCACUUUCACGGUGAACAGGAUGAGUCCAUCCCCACUGGCUCCUCCGUUCAUUACUACAACUCUGUGCGGCAAACGAUGUAUCCUGGAAAGUCCUACAACGAAAGCACCGAUGCGCUUAAGGAGUGGUACCGCCUGUACUUGGUCCCGGGCGCUGCUCAUUGUGCUACUAACGACCUCCAGCCCAAUGGACCGUUCCCGCAAACCAACUUCGCGGUCAUGGCUAAUUGGGUGGAAAAGGGCAUCGUCCCGGAAACUCUGAAUGCAACCAUCUUGCAGGGAGAGUAUGAGGGAAAGAAUGAGCAGAUCUGUGCCUGGCCUCUUCGUCCCUUGUGGACUGAGAACAGCACUUUGAACUGCGUGUAUGAUCAGGCAUCCAUUGACACUUUUGAUUACACCUUCGAUGCUUACAAGCUGCCCCUCUAUUAA